AUUCUGUCCGUGGAGCGGAAGACGUAAUUUUUAUUUUUGUUGUACAUUACACAUUAGUUACGAGUUACGACGUUAAUGUCUACCUGUAACUGAUAAAAAUAUUGUUAAGAAUAUUUACUUUAAAUUUUUGUUUAAAAUGGUGUCAUCGUACGUUAUUUAUGCGGCUGUGCCUAUUUCGGUCGUAGUUGCGGUAGGCUUAAUACGUAAGUGGAGAUCGAGAAGUUGGGCUAAAUGCUCAAGUAACACUUGCUUGAGGGGUAAGACUUUCCUCAUUACUGGAGCGAACAGUGGGAUCGGCUUGGAAACGGCCAAAGCUCUGGUUAAGAGAAAAGCGCGAGUUAUUUUUGCUUGCAGAAAUAUUGAAAAGGCGAAACAGGCAAUAGCUGGAAUUAGGAAAGAACAACCAAUAGGUGGUGAACUUAUUCCAAUGCAAUUAGACCUUGCUUCCUUUGACUCAAUUCAGAACUUUGUGGGAGUAGUCAAGGCUGGAUUUAACAAAAUAGAUGUCCUCAUAAAUAAUGCCGGUGUUUCAAUACCGUUGAAGGAAGAUCUAAAAACUAAGGAAGGUUUUGAAAUACACGUUGGAGUCAAUCACUUAGGACAUUUCUAUCUCACAUACUUACUUUUAGAUCUGUUGAAAAGAGCUUCACCGAGCAGAGUUGUCGUUGUAUCAUCUACGUUACACGAAAGGGGUAAAUUGGACUUCAGUGAUUUAAACCUAAGAGGUGCAAUUGAAGAGGCUAAGAAAGGAAAAGCGGAUCGUCAUAACGCUGGCUACUGUAAUUCUAAGUUAAUGAAUGCAUAUUUCGCCCGUGGUUUGUCUGCUAAGUUGAAGAGCUCUGGAGUGGACGUUAAUGCCUGUUGUCCUGGAUUCUGCUACACCAAUUUAUUUAGAUACUUCGUGCGAUGGUACCAUUACAUACUAAUGGCUCCAAUCGCGUUGUUCUUUAUGAGGUCAGCUAAACAGGGUUCGGAAACCGUGGUGUACUGUGCAACAGAUUACAGAAUCGAAGGACACACCGGUAAAUUCUACCGCGACUGCGCCGAAUAUAAUUCCAAAUAUCCUUUUACCAAGGAGGAAGAAACAAAACUCUGGUCGAUCAGCGAAGAAAUGAUAAAAGCUAGAAAACCGGUGAAAAACUAAAGCGAUUUUUAUAUAAUAUUUUUUGUUCUAAAUAAUUUGUAUGUUUUAUGGGAAAAAUGUUAUCGGUUUCACUAUGUAUAAAAAUCUGUGAAGUUAUACUUCUUUUGGCGGGUUUAGGAAAAAAUUAUUAGAGUAAAUUUUUACGAUGCGCGCGCGCAC